AUGAGGUGUCUGGUGACGGGCGGCAACGUGAAGGUGCUCGGCAAGGCCGUCCACUCCCUGUCCCGCAUCGGGGACGAGCUCUACCUGGAACUCCUGCACGAUGGGCUCUCCCUCCGGACCGUGAACUCCUCCCGCUCGGCCUACGCCUGCUUCCUGUUCGCCCCGCUCUUCUUCCAGCAGUACCAGGUGGCCCCCCCUAACCAGGACCCCGUCCGCUGCAAGAUCCUGAUGAAGUCCUUCCUGUCGGUCUUCCGCUCCUUGGUGACGCUGGAGAGGACGGUGGAGAAGUGCUGCAUCUCCCUGAACGGCAGGAGCAGCCGCCUGGUGGUCCAGCUGCACUGCAAGUACGGAGUGAGGAAGAUUCACAACCUGUCCUUCCAGGACUGCGAGUCCCUGCAGGCUGUCUUCGACCCAGCGUCAUGCCCCCAUGUACUCCGAGCCCCGGCCAGGGUCCUGGGGGAGGCUGUUUUGCCCUUUCCCCCUGCGCUGGCCGAAGUGACACUGGGCGUUGGUCGAGGCCACAGGGUCAUCCUGCGAAGCUACCAAGAGGAGGAGGCAGAUAGCGACAUCAGAGCCAUGGUGACAGAGAUGAGCAUUGGGAAGGAAGACUUCCAGCAGCUGCAGGCCCAGGAAGGGGUGGCCAUCACUUUCUGCCUCAAGGAAUUCCGGGGGCUCCUGAGCUUCGCCGAGUCAGCCAAUCUGUCCCUCAGCAUGCACUUCGACACUCCAGGCAGACCAGCCAUCUUCACCGUUGAGGACACGCUGCUGGAUGGCCACUUUGUCUUAGCCACGCUGUCAGAGCCAGACCCGCAGUCCCAGGACCUGGGCUCCCUGCAGCCCUGCCGGCCACAGCCUCCGCUCCAGGCUCACAGUACACCCCACCUGGACGACUUCACCAACGAUGACAUCGAUUCUUACAUGAUUGCCAUGGAAACCACCGUGGGCAGUGAGGGCUCUCGGGCACCGCCCCUCCUCUCUCCGGGCCCCCAGCCCUCUUGCAGCCCUGGCCCAAACUCGGAGGAGGACGAGGCUGAGCCCAGCACAGUGCCCGGGACCCCCCCACCGAAGAAGUUCCGCUCCCUGUUCUUCGGCUCCAUCCUGGCCCCCGCACACUCCCCUCAGGGCCCCAGCCCUGUGCUGGCCGAGGACAGCGAAGGCGAGGGCUGA